UUUAGAUAGAGCGCAGUGGGUCCACAUGCAAUCGACUUGCGAACACUGUUACCUUGCUGAGUGCUGUCUCCGUAUUGCUUGGAUUUUAUACACACAUGCUGUACUGAGGAGGUGUUUUUUUUAUGAGACUUCUUUAUAGUGAACUCUCUCCAGAGUACACAGGCUACUCUCGCUGUUUUAUGUACACUUUCUUCACGGCUGAACUCCUCUCUGAAUCACUCGUCGCGCAGACUUUUAUGAAACAUUUUGCCAUUUUUAUUUUAUAUAUUUCGAAUCGGCAUAUCGGCGGGGGUCGGGAGAUCACACUGCUGCUGUUCAUCACAACACCGCAUCAUGACUGUCGCGUUAAACAGUCACUUUGACCGCUCUCUUGUGUUGGGAUUCUUUUAUCGGAAAUUCUAUUUGCAGUAUUGAUCCGUUAGUACUGUUACCAUUUUUGUUACCCCUUCUUCUCUGCAGUAUAUGCUGAAGUGCACACCACAAGGGAGAUAGAUAGGUGGAACAGUGCUAUGUGCCGAGUGUGUGUGUGUCAGUGAAAGAGUAAACCAGAACGAAGGUCGUUGCCGAUAAGCUUUUGGAGUAGAUUUUCUAUACAGAAAAUGUGGAGUGAAGGAAACAUUACUACGUGAAAACACUGAGCCGAUGACAAGAGAGUUACCCCAGGGGAAUUCAAGCUAGUCCUGCUCACUCUAUUUCUACCCACCACGUUGCGGAUGUGUAGAACAUUAUUAUAGAACUGUAUUUCUUUGGAGGAGAGUCGCUGAGGAAUUGUACGGCCUACCAGAGGAAAUGGCUUGUCCGUGUGGUGCGGGACUUAGCCAAAUAAACAGCGGGGACCAACGAGUGACAUUACGGUAUGGUGCACCGUGUGGGCCCGGUGGUAUGGUCGCCACUACCGCCGCUGGACUCCGCAGUCGGUCGGGCACUGGGAGAGUGAUCGCGUUACCGUGGACUGUGUUGUGCUUCUUGGUGAUGGUGGUCCUGAUGGCGCUAGCCCCACCGUGUGCUCGGGCUCAGGAUCACUUUGACGAGUUCAACCCGAAGCCGCAAAAGUGCAUGCCGAUCACAAUCAAACUAUGCCACGACCUCGGCUACAAUGUGACCCGUAUGCCCAAUUUGGUGGGCCACGAGAUGCAGAACGAUGCCGAGUUACAGCUCCAGACUUUCACCCCUCUCAUCCAGUAUGGCUGCUCUUCCAAUCUCAGGUUCUUCCUCUGCUCCGUCUACGUCCCACUGUGCACGGAGAAGGUGGACAUUCCCAUCGGGGCAUGCAGACCCAUGUGUGAACGCGUCAAAAACAAAUGUGAACCCGUGCUGAAAGAGUUUGGCUUCAUGUGGCCGCAGAGUCUAAACUGUUCAAAGUUCCCACCGCGAAACGACGAGAGGACAAUGUGCAUGGAGGCUCCUGACCCCGAGCCCGAGGGUGAAGGGAACGGGGGAGGGAUGCGCCCGAUCCCCACCCUCUCCACCGUCGGACCCAGCGAGCGAGACUGCCAACACAAGCGGGAUCCACACAAAUGGCAUUACGUCAAGCGGUACGAGCAGUGUGCCCUGAAAUGUGGAGAGGAUCUUCUCUUCUCCAGCCAGGAGAAAUAUUUUGCACAAAUUUGGAUGGCAAUUUGGGCCAGCGUAUGUUUCCUGUCCACAACUCUGACCGUGUUGACCUUCGCUAUUGACCCCUCCCGGUUCCGUUAUCCUGAACGUCCCAUCAUCUUCCUAGCCAUCUGCUACAGUAUCUACAGCAUCGCCUACGUUGUUCGUCUCGUGGCUGGCUUCUCAAAGAUAGCGUGUGAUGAAGAUGGUGAGUCGAGCUUCCUCAUCUUGGAGGGUUUAGAGAACACUGGUUGUGCCGUGACAUUCCUGCUGCUGUAUUUCUUCGGGAUGGCCAGCUCCAUCUGGUGGGUGUUCUUGACAUUCACCUGGUUCCUAGCGGCGGGCCUCAAGUGGUGCCACGAGGCCAUCCAGAUGCACAGUACGUACUUUCACCUUGCAGCUUGGGGGAUUCCCUUCGUCAAGACCAUCAUAGUUCUCAUCAUGAGAGUCGUGGACGCCGAUGAACUCACGGGGAUGUGCUACGUAGGGAACCAGAACCUAGACGCCCUGACGGGGUUCGUAUUGGCCCCGUUGUUCACUUACCUCGUUCUGGGGACGCUGUUUCUCCUCGCCGGGUUCGUGUCCCUCUUUAAAAUCCGCUCCGUCAUGAAAAACGACGGCACCAAAACUGACAAACUCGAGAGACUCAUGGUCAAGAUUGGACUCUUCUCGGUGCUGUACACCGUGCCUGCCACCAUCGUGGUUGCCUGCCAUUUUUACGAACGUUCAAACAGAACUCUGUGGCUGUUUGCCGGACUCACUCCUAACGUUGAGGUGUACAUGCUCAAGAUAUUUAUGUCCCUUGUGGUAGGGGUUACGAGCGGCAUGUGGAUUUGGUCUGCCAAGACCCUAGUGUCGUGGAGACAUUUCACGAAUAGUUUAUUCCCUACGCUUUGCGGAGGGAAGGCAGAAAACGUCUACGUUGGGCAAGGAGGAAACGAAACAGCGGUGUAAUAAAAAAAAGUUAGACUUGUUUAAAUUACUUGCUAUUGUAAGUUAUUAUAAAAUAGACUGUUUUUAUAUAAUAUUAUUAUUAUUAUUAUUUACUUACUUACUACUAUUGCUAUUGACUAUAGAUUCAACUCAAUGCUGUUUGUGUCAUCAGUCUGUGCCUAUCCUGUACGUAAACAAAACAAGGCUGGUUUAAAUGGAUUUCAUUUUACUUGUAUAUUAUAUUUAUAUGUGGUUUUUUUCUACACGUUUCCUCCAUUUGAAAACAAGUGGCGGAAGCCAUUUUCAGAUAUGGUGGACCAUAUGAUGGACACACUCAUAUGGCACUAUCAUGUUUGGGUCUGUAAUACACCCAAACAAAACACUGCACUCAUAAUGAUAUAGUGUCCGCCAUACCUAAAAUAGGAUAGUCCUACUCGUUUAACUCAUGGGCCAAAUGUUCCAUCCUCGACCCACCGACUGACGCGAUGGCCCUUCGGCUGCGCCCACCAGAGUGUUGUACUCCAUUAGUCUUUUUACCAUGGUUUAAGCCCCUGCUGGGAGCCAACAAUGGUCCAAACGAACUCGGUGUAAAUACCGUUAAAUGUGCCCAGCGAGUUUUGUAUGGGCACCCCCUUGUUAUUGUCCCCACCGAAGGACUGAGUUAAGUGAGUCGGAAUGUAUAAACGUCACCCUUAAGUUUGUCAAUGAAGGGACUAAAGGAGGGGAGGAUGUGUUUUUUUGUGAGAUGAGGAUCACAAGAUUAAUUUGGGAUGACUUGGAGCAUGAAAAAUCCAUCGAUAAUGGUUGUUCAAAAGAAGACUAAACUCCUCUCUAAUAAUGUAGACGAGGCUAUGUAUAGUGCGGGGCGAAACUUCCAAUGUCCUCUUCUCCUAUGUCACUCCACACAGUGCGGGGCGAAACUUCCAAUGUCCUCUUCUCCCAUGUCACUCCACACAAUGUCAGGCCUGAUACUUCACGGGGGCAACGAAGGCGAUUGCCUCCAUGUCCCCUGGUUAUUGCCUUGGUGCCCUUGAAAUGCUACAGUAAAACUUUAAAAUCUACUCAUAAUGAGUCAUAGCGCUCUUUACCAAGGACAAAAUGCCUUGGUGCCCUUGCCCUUUCAAAAACGAAGCAUAGGCCUACAGACCUACGUGUUGGACUUGGAUAAGAUUGGUACGCCUGACCCUGUUUAAGCAAUGGCUACCAAGACUACAGACCCAACUCCUUCUAAAUCACUUUGGCAAUUGGAUAUAGAAGGAGUUGGGACUUUAAGGAUAAUGAAGAAGUGGGUACACCAAUGGUCAUCCAAAUCUAGAACAGAGUAGGCACAUUAAUUUGUAUAAGGAGACAAUUUACUUAAGAGAUGUUAAAGUAUUUGAGUCAAUACCGUGUAAUAGUGGUGUGUCCAUCAUAGGUACCGAAUUGGUGCUUGUAUAACUAUCAAUGACAACCAAAACCUUCUGUAAAUUCGACAAUUUGAUUUCUUUCUUUUUAUGAAUUUUACUUUUGGUGAAAACAACUUCAAAGUACUGAUCAGGUGUGAGGCCAAUGUAUCACAUUAUUUACUGGAGUUGUUAAUAUUAUGCCUAUAUUAUAUUGACCAUUUCUCGACGCAAAACACACUUACACACGUGCCUACCAAUCAUGUCCGCCAUUUUGAAAGUCAAAACCCCAAUGGCGGAAAUGGUAGACGCGCACUGUGAGAGGUGCGUUCUGCGUCAUGCAAAGGGGGUCAGUAUAAAUCCUAAAAGGUGUUUCAUUCUCUGCUCUUAGAAUGUGUAUGGUAAGUUCUGUAUUUUAGUUACAACAAACAUCAAUCAUAUACUGUACAUGUACAAUUGAGAAAUUGUCACUUGCACUUUGUUUCUUGCACGGUAUACUUUACUAAAAUACAGAUCUUUUAUGUCACAUGUUUCAUGGAGCUGCUGACAAGUGAACACAUUCAAAAAGGAACCAGUAAAUGGUGUACAUUUAAUUACACCUAUCCUUUGUGCGAACCGACUGCACUCCUGAAAAGGGUUAUUUGAUUGUGUGUUCUAGUUAAUACAACAAAAAAGCUCAGAUAAAUUGAAAGGAAAUUAUUCGCAGCAGAGUGAUGGAAAUACAACGGGAAACCCCACAGGUUACGAAUGCCGAAUACAUAUUUUACUAUAUGCUAUACUUUGCUCAUAAACUAACAAAAACAUGUGGUCAUAGAUACAAGUUGAUAUUUUGUGUGUGUCACACUGUUGGACUGGGGUUCAAUGUUCAAACCGUGAAUUUUGACGUAGACAGAGUGAGGUCAUGUUCAGAUUGUUAAUCACAACAAUUCUGUUCCAAACGAAAUAGUAUAAUAUAUAACAUGUACUACAGGCGUUGGUUCGGGCAUGUUUUUUUUUCUGAAUGCUGCUUUUGUAUUGUAAUGCAGUUACCAUUUGAAUUUCAAUAAGCCAUUUUGAGAUAUGGUUGACACAUUACUGUAACACUAUUUGGUUUGGGUAAAUAUGUCUGUAUUAAUACACCCAAACCAAACAUAGUGCAAUCUUAUAUAGUGGCCACCAUACCUUAAAAAGGCAAAAUUACUUCGCGUGUGCGAGACACUGUUCUAAUCGAAACCAUGAUUGGAUUCAGGUCCUUUCAAAGUAAUUAUCAAAACUGGACAAGCAUUUUCAAAACACAAAACGUCAUGGUAUCGCAGCGAUAGUUUUACCCGUUAACAUAAUUCCAGUUCUAGCAUUGUUGUUCCUGUUUCAAUCAGAAAUGUCGACAAAGCAGUCCGUUUGUGACCUUUGUCUUUUUUCCAAGUAUUUUGAACAAUCUAUAUAAAUGAUAACCAGAAAUUCGGCAGGCUUUCUUUAAAAAAAAAUAUAAAUGUUAUUAUGAGUUGUGCGGAUUUUUGAUUUCUUUGACAACCUCAGGAUUAUUUAAAUCGAGUUCGCACAUACAUAAAAACAAUACUACCAAAACCAAAAUGUACCAAAUAGUUCCUUUAUGAACCAUAUAAUAAUAAUAAUAUGCAGAUAGCUUUAUAUUUUUUAUGUUCGUGUUUUUGUGGUAAAAAAAAAUGUUACCCAUCUUGUUACAUAGUAACUACUGUUGUGUCAUGUAAAAAAAUCCUAAUUUUUGUGUACAUUGAACAAACCCUCCGUUACGUACUAACACUGUGUAAUUGAACUUGGUUCAAAUUUUAUUGUUUGUUGAAAACGUUAUUACAUUACAGUUGAUCUGUGAGAGAGUAACUAUUGAAUGAAUUCUAGUGUUUGAUUUUAAUAUGUGUAUAAAAAAACAUACAUUUAUCUUGGGGUAGCGGCCAUGUUUUCCAUUAAUUGAUUUCGCAGGACCAAAUUGAGGCUGGGUACCUAAAUAGUCAGAUCCCCUUUUGUUUUACAUCAACAAAGUGCUACUGUUGACACGGGAGAGUUGACAAAGGUGGCUAAAUUAUGAUGAAGGUCGAUUGGAUUAAACAACACUGACAUUACUUUUAUUUGGCAACAAGACGUGUUUAAAUGUAUUGUCUACAAUAACUACUUGUAUUGGGCUACAAGAUGUUUUAUAAUGUGUCUUCAACAUUAAUGUUAACAUGUGUUGGCUACAAGAAGUUGGUUUCGAAAGUGUGCACGGAACAUGGUUACCUGAUGAUCAUGCCAAGAAAUAAGUGUCAAAUUAUUUCCUUUCUUUGUGAAACAACCAUUAUGUCAAAUAAAAUUAUGAAAGUAAUGUUUGAAAACAUUUCAAUCAGUGAAUCUUCACUCCCUUCAUUCUUGAGCUGUUCAGCCCAAAACGUUUGAGAAAUAAAGACACGUUUUAUCAGUGGUAAAAAAAAAACCAGUUCAGCGUCCAGACUGAAUGUACUCGACACAAAGCUCGUCACAUUUUAAAUUGUCAAAGCUUGUCCCAAUUUUAAAUUUGACAACUGCUGAAGCAACAAUGUUCUGUUCAACAGAAAUAAACAGGAAACUGCUCAGUUGAAAACGUUACCAUGACAUGGCACUGAUGUAAAGCACAAUUUUGUGGUCUGCUAAUUGUUGAGCUUAACACCAUCUACCAAGCUGUGUAAUUUAAAUGCUUAUCGACAGGUUGCAAAUGAUUUUGGUAAACAAUUAUUUUCCGUUCUGCUUAGGUUUAUAGAUAAACAUUUACUUCAUGCCAUGUAACCGUGGGGGCAAUUACUCAACAAAGAGUCUACACAUAAAACCUUUGUCAAGGGGCAGCCAUUUUUUUUCAAACACACCAAACCUAGAGAAAGGACCAAACAAAGUGUUAACAAUUUAAUCGUCUGGUACCAUCUCUUAUUGACAUGACAUGAAACCCUCUUGGUUACCAGGAACUUGACCAAGAUGGCCGUAUAAGAUUACGGUUAACACUGAUGACAUUUCUAACGAGUGUUUUUGUUUAAGUAAAAAAAGCACAAGGGUGUUUUUCUAAUGUGAUUCAGUGUUAUAGCAUCCAAAAAGAAACCAUUAAGCUUCACUUUGAAAAAUGGCAACCCAUACUUGGAAACGGUUGAUUCACAGAUAAAAAAAAGUUUAGAAAUAGAGGGAGGCGCCCAACUUGUUUUGAAAUAUGUAAAGUUCAUGUUAUAACUGUAUUGUGUACAUCUUGAGAGAGGAGAUGAGAUAUUAUUAUAUGAAUUAAUAAUAAUAGUGGCGAUACCACGCCAUGUUUUAUAACAAC